GCUGUCCUCAACCCAACCACGCAUACAAGCCUCGCAAGUCUUAUUAGCGACCACUAUAUACAAUGCGUCACUUGGAAUUGCCCAAGAUCCUGCUGCUUGCGCUGUAUGCCAGCUCCGUAGGAGCUCUUGUUCAGGACGGAAACCUAAUCCUCCGUGCUGCCACGAGAAGAUCGGAUCUACACAAACGGGACACGAGGAUAAUUCGGAAGUACGAAUCAGAGGUGGUUUACGUUGAAGGUACUAGGCAACGAAGCAGCAAAAUAUUCGCAUCAACAGUGAAGGUCGCGUCCAGGAGGCCUAUUUUGUAUCUUGAAGAAAUUGAGCACUUCCUCCGAGAUGUCCAAUGCCAAGAUGGGAGAAUGAUGCUGCAUUUCGUCGAUGCAGGCUCUGCACAAGACGCAAGAGCUGCUUGCCAUGGCGGCCACGGAGGCACAGGCGGGCUCAUCAUAACAUCACAUCAGAGCUGUAACAGGGACGGUGAGCGAGCUGUCUACAAGAUCGAUGAAGUUUCUUUCGCUGAAGAUGGUGUGGCCCUGGACCUUGCCGUCACAGAAGCUCUUUGGCAGGACGCCUUUGAUAAUCUGGACAUUACCUUUGGCCAUACGCUAUAUGAUCAUAUCUACAGACGGCACUCGGAAUUUUCGCAGACGCGGGGGAAGCGUCAGGACGAAAUGAUUGUCGAAAUGCCAUCGGACGCCCUUGACAACGUUACUCAUAUCACAUUCGAUCUCACCUCCGAGAUUUUGGACUAUACGUUUACGGUAGAGGACUUCCUCACGGGUCUUGAAAGCAUCGUCAAUCUACCCUCGACGCCAAAUUUGCCUAUAGAUAUUGGUUGCAAGAACUGCUCAUCACGAGGUCAAGUCAUUCUCACGCAAGGCACGAUCAAGAUCGAUACGAAACAGAUAGAUCUAAUUCCGGACAUCUUAGAAGGCGGCGAUGAUAGCAAAGAGAUCAACAGCGUCAUCACUGGUGGAUACAUGGAUCUUGCGGUGACUGGACUCGGUGCACGUCUGGAGAUGUUUGCCCGCCCUGUCAAAUCGGGAUCAUAUGAGGUUGCGCUGGUCCCUCUGCCAAUAUUUGGCUUCGUGAUACCCGGCAUCGGUCAAGCUGGUGCCUAUUUCGAACCAAAGAUUAGCGCGGACUUCGAGAUUGAUGAAGAGCUUGCGGUCAACUACGGAAUCGACGUUGCUAUACCAGAUGGUGCCGGCAUCAAAGUGGAACUCGGGAAUCUUGCGAACACAUCCAUCAGCGACAUCAAAGGAGCCACUCUCGAUGCACUCCCGUUCAGCUCCAAUGUCACUGACGCAGACAUUGUUCUGAGUCUGGCGUUCACACCCACGAUUUCAAUCGGGUUUGAAUUUAGCGACAAACUAAAUGCUCUUAUAACAGUAUCUCUGGAUCUACGACUUGAUGCGAAGCUGAUGACGGGCGCCAAAGAGCAGUGCAACCUGCUAGCUGGAGGCAUGCAGACUGUGCCCAAAGAUGCUGGUAUCAGGAGUCUUGUGUUAGUGGAAACUAACAUUUCCGUUGUCAUCGACGUGGCAGCUGAACUCACCCUGCCCUUGCUGCCUGCACCUUUUGAUUCUGCAGGCACUUCGGCGAACAUAUUUUCGACGAAAACACCGCUCGUGACAACUUGUGUCGAUCCGGUCAAAGGUGCCCUACAAAUAACAGAGAUGGCGCCUGUGACUACGAUCAAAGCUCAUACAGAGGUUGUGCAAGCUCCUACCACUUCUACUUGCACGAAGUUCGAAGGAAACAAGCCAUGUGAGUGCGCUGCAGUUACAACUACGGUCUACGCCGCGCCUCCCACGCGAAGUCAUGUCAGCUCAUCGCCGAGGAAAACCGCUCCACCACUAGAUAUGACCCCCUACUACUCUUCCACUCCUAUCAGGCCCGUGUAUGAUCCGAAGACGACAAUCGAAACUCCUACAGGUGGCAGUGAAUGCGAGUCGAUCGAGCAGUCGCCAACAUCCACACCUUGUACAAGCUCGCAGACAUUGCGCGUCACAAUCUCCACGAUACCAGUGCCUACCACGGAAGCUUCUAAUCCGCUACGAAUUGUCAUUAUCUCGGCGCCUAGUUCGAAGCCAUGUAAUUCAAGCACCUCAGAAACUCCAGCCGCUCCAUAUACCUCUACCACCACACCCAUAAUUACCACGAGCGGGGCAGAAGAUGGAUAUUUUAUCUCCUCUUCCACCAUCUCGCAGACUUUAGAAACAGCGACAAGCCUUGAAAUCAAGAAUGAAGGAACGUCGACAAUGAGGAUGACAUCGCCCCCCAAGGUUGAGGAAAGUAAGGGUUUUAUGGCACCGUCCCACAGUGCGACGGGUACAGGAGAUGUAGUAACAUCAACUGGAAUGAUUGAGUUUACCGGUGCCGCAGCGCCAGGUGUUGUGGUUCCACAGGUGAGGAGGGAGAUAGGCUGGCAGAUCACGGUGCUGGCUGCUAGUGUGGGAUUCGGAAUCUUGCUGAUCUGAGAGACGUCAUACAACAAAAGAUUUUGGGCCUUCUUAUAGAAGAACAUGGUUAUAAAGAGGGUAAAGCGGUGUUACAUGACGUUUGCUUGUAAGAAACUUUGUUUUGACGCACGUCGAUG